UGGGCUGAGCUGAUCCCACGUGUGACGAUAGCAUUCCCGGCUCAGUAAUAUUCUCUAAGCGGGGACCCGUUUAGCUUUUACUGUGCCUGUGUGUUUGUUAGUAGUUACUCGCUGUAGUUGGGUUUGCUAUGGAGGGAGACGGGAGCCAAGCCACAUCUGGAAGCCCAAAUGAUUCGCAACACGACCCGGGUAAAAUGUUUAUCGGUGGCCUCAGUUGGCAAACCUCACCAGACAACCUUCGAGACUAUUUUAGUAAAUUUGGGGAAAUCAGAGAAUGUAUGGUGAUGAGGGAUCCCACGACGAAACGCUCCAGAGGGUUUGGAUUCGUUACGUUUGGGGAUGCUGCCAGCGUAGAUAAAGUCCUUGCACAACAGCACCACGAAUUAGACUCAAAGACGAUUGACCCUAAAGUUGCCUUCCCCCGACGUGCUCAGCCCAAGAUGGUCACGAGAACAAAGAAAAUCUUUGUUGGUGGAUUAUCAGCGAACACGGUAGUGGAGGACGUGAAGCAGUACUUUGAGCAGUUUGGGAAGGUAGAAGACGCCAUGCUCAUGUUCGAUAAAACAACGAACAGACAUAGAGGUUUCGGCUUCGUAACUUUCGAGAACGAGGACGUGGUGGAGAAAGUCUGUGACAUUCAUUUUCACGAAAUCAAUAAUAAAAUGGUAGAAUGUAAGAAAGCGCAGCCGAAGGAGGUGAUGUUCCCCCCUGGAACGAGAGGCAGAGGGCGGGGUCUGCCCUACACCAUGGACGCCUUCAUGUUGGGGAUGGGCAUGCUCAGUUAUCCAAACAUCGUGGCCACGUAUGGGCGGGGAUACACUGGAUUUGCCCCCAGCUACAGCUACCAGUUCCCUGGUUUCCCGGCAACAGCGUACGGUCCUGUGGCAGCGGCAGCAGUAGCAGCGGCGAGAGGCUCAGGGUUCCCCGAAUACGGGUUCUAUCCUGCGCCCAGCGACCCCAGGGGGGUGCCCUGCUCCUUUGCGGACUUUGGCUCCUCGCUGGGCCCCCAGCCUGAGGAGGUGCUGCACCUCCCCAUGCCCCCCUCGCAGCUGCGCAGUCUGGAGCAGUUUAAGACCCCAGGCACCAACCCUCCCCGGCCUGGUGUUUUCCCCGGCACCAACAGUCCCGGUCCAGUGGCUGAAGUCUACGGGACGGCCAGCCAGGAUUCGGCGGUGGGCAGUUACAUCAGCGCUGCCAGCCCGCAGCCGGGGUCGGGGUUCGGACACAGCAUUGCCGGGCCGUUGAUUGCCACAGCUUUCACAAAUGGAUACCAUUGAAACCUAACAGGGGGUCGGUUGCCAUCUCAUCCAAGAGCAUAUCGGGAGGCCCAGGGAAGAUGGGCCGAAGUUUCUGAUUGGUUCUCUGUACACUUGCAGCAUCACUGGUGGAAGGGAGGUGGCACUAGUUUUUUUAAGAAAUGGAAAAGUCAUUGAAAUCAUGUAAAAAUAAAGGACAACAGCAACACAAAACAAACUGAACAGGGAUGUGCUGUACUAUAAUCUCAACCUGGUUUAAAACCCCGUCAGUCCUUCCAGAUAUUUAAUUAGCAAUAUGGGAAACAUUCAAAUGUACUUUAAUGUUUUCUUUUGUUUGGAGCUUUUUUUGUUUAUUGAUUUACCUUCGGUACUGGUCCUUAGACAAGCAGAUCACGUGGUCAUUUUGCGCACACAGAAAACUGAUAGGCUUGAAAACAAAAAGGUUAUAUUUUAGAAAAAAGAGGCUAACUAGCCUUUGCAAAUAUUAUUUUGUUUCUUGUUAUAUCUUUUACCAAAAUUACCUAUUUUUGGUAGUUGUCAUUUUCUGUUUUUUGCAACCUUUUUUUCUUCUUUUUUUGAACUUGUGACUUCAAAAAAUAUAUAUAAAUGUUCCAGUUAUUGUGUGUAACAGAAAGCGAUGCCAUAAUUUUGCGGUGCGUAAAAAAUAUAUUGUACUGAGCUAGAGAGCCAAGCAGAAUGGAAAAAAGGCUGAGCAUUAAUGCACUGAACAGUAAACACAGCCCAUUUGUAGCACAAUAGCCAUGAUAUUUCCCCCACAGAGGGCAAUAACCUGCAAGAACACUGUUAGCUCUGUAAAUAGUGUAGGCUUAGUGACGGUGAUAGUGUCGUACCAGCAUAUUCAAUAGUCUGAUUUCAGAUGUGCACAGCUUCGAAUAAGAAUAAAAAAACUGAAGUUAAAGUGAGUUAAGGGAACUGAAGCUCCACGCUGUAUUUCAGACAGGAGAACUACUCACCUGUACUGAGGGGUGUAUCGCUCACUGUUGUUACAGAGAACAAUAAUGUAAAAAGACAAAAAAAAGUCUAAAGCACACUUGCAUUCUAUCGUUUUUGAAAUAUAACACUGAAUCCUGUCGUUUGACACAGUUCUGUGCAUACUAAUAUGACUUUUAUACUCCAGCAAGAAAAACAAAUAUUUUUAUUUUAUUUGAACAUUUCUUUCUUGCAGAAAUGCCCAGUUUCAGAGCGUAAAAGGCAAUAUGUUUUUCUCGGCUGGUUUCUUUUUUGUUCUGUUUUCUCGUUUUUUUGUUUUGUUUGUUUGUUAAUUAAUUUGGACAGCAAACAUUUUUGUACUGUUACCUCAGUCCUGUGAGAUGUUACUUUACAAGCAUUGACAGAUUAAUUUAUAUAGAGUAAAAUGAUGAAUUAUAAUAAUCGAUUGAAGGUAAUCAUUGCACUGUGACUAGUCGGAAUGACCUGACCAUUUGCACACAUGGCUAUUUUCAGUGUUCUACUAGGGGGUGUAUGAAGGAAUAUGUGUAAUCCUGCUUCUAUUUCCAUACACGAAAAUAACAAGCAGCAGAAUGAGCUCUUCUGUGUGUAGCAAACUAAUGUAGACCGCUGGGGCAUUUCAUUUAUGAGUGUAAUAUGGCGAAUCUUAGUAUUUCAAAAACAAUAUAUUGAGAAUUAAUCAUUUACAUCACGCAGACCUUAGCAGCUGUGCUUUCUACCUGAGUAUGUUGGGAUUGGAUUAGCUCGUAAACAAAUGCCAUUUCAGAUGCUUUAAAAACUGCAGGAUCAUUUUUAACGAUGCAUUGUUUGACGUAUAUGCUGCGGUUUUGUGUUUUGUUUGUUUUAUCUGAUGCAGAUUUAUAUUUCAUUCUGUUUGUAUUUUAUUCUGUUCAGAACAACCAUGUGAAGCAAAAUGCUGGACGCUUUUUAAAUAAAGUCUUCAUCAAGUAAUAAUCUAAACAAUGACACAAAAAUAGAACUAUGUUCAUUGGUGAAAUUCCAAAAGGAAACCAGUAGUUAAAGUAUAAAAUCUAUGUUCCCUUGAUGGAUCUCAAUUUUGAACCGGGGGAUUUUUAUUGACAUUUUUUGUGGUUGUUAAUAAUAUUGAUAAUUAUAACAAUAAUAUUAUGUACUGUACCAUCAGUCUCGCUCCAUUCCCUUCCUCAUACAAUAACAUUUUGUUGAACAUCAAUGUAUUCCAGUAGAGUGUAUAAAUCGCAAAUGACCUUGUAAUUGAGUGCUGUCUUAUUCUGGUGUAGUGAUCUAUACUCCUCUUUGUUGCUCUCUUUUGCCCCUCUCUCUAUCUCUUUCUUUCUCCCUUUUAUCUAUCUAUCUACCUAUCUAUGUAUCUAUCUAUCAAUCAUCUAUAUAUCUAUCUCCUAGUAAUUAGUAGUAGAUGUUUUGUAAUAAACUAUACAAAGUAGAUGUAGUUAAUAGCAGAUUUAGGACCAGUAAGGAUAGGACUUUCUCCAUUAAGUGAAAAAAAUUGACAGAUUUUUUUUUUUUAAAUAGCAAUUUGAUAAUCUUUCCUUUCUCUUGUAUUUGUUUUGCUGCUCACACGUGGUUUCAACUAACCAAAGCGCUGAUGGAAGAAAUAGAAAAACAAAUUGCUGUAAGAUCUUUUACAAAGCAUUAACUGGAUCCCCACCCUUGAAUGUUUAAAAAGGGGGUGUGCCAUACUACCUUAAAUGCUAAUGCUAGAUAUGCAAAACUUUUAUUUUUAAAUAUUUUUUUUAAAGAGGGACAUAAGCUAUAAUUAUGAAAAAAAAGAUGAUUUUAUUACAUGAAAGAAGAAUAUUUUUUUAAAAACAUAUAACAGAUUAAUAAUAAUAUUAAUCAUCAUAAUAAUAGUAAUAAGACUCAUAAUAGAUACUAAUAAUAACAGAAUAAUAUGUUUUGAUGUUUGUACUCUUAAAAUAUCUCCAUGGCUCAUGGCUCUACUAUUUUGGAUACCAAUGUUUUUGUUUUGUUUUUUAUGUGUCUGCCUAGUUUCACGAAUAAUUAAAUUUUCACUCAUCAAAAACAUUUGAAGAUUUUGUGAAUCAUUUCCUUACACUCUUGAACUAAGUGAACCAGCUCUUUAUUUUAAUCAGUACCCAGGUUUAGCCGAUUGCUUUGGUGUUUGUUUCUCUCUUUACUCUCCCUAACCAGUCCAGCAUAUGUAGCAUGGAACUCAAUGCCAAAUACACCCUGCCUGCUCCCCUGAGCUGUGAAAACUGCCUUCCAUCCUGCGGGGGCUCCACAGCUGCCAAAUUCUUAUUAACCAUUGCCUUUGAUUAGCAUCAUUCCUAAUAAGUAGCGCUGACAGAGGCCUGGAAUGGAGGCUGGGUUGUGUGUUUGCUGCUGCAAGACCCUAAAGACAGGAAUUAAACCUGUGAGACUCGGUGUUGCAAAUAGGCAACAUUUCUUUUCAGGCACUCUGGACACCAAUUUAGACAAAAUGCCAAAUAUGAGAUAUUGAACCUUUGAAUGCCCUAUACUAUAUUUUAGUGACAACUUUUUCAACCGUUACGCAGAGAGUGUCUGUAGUACAACAUUUUGGUUUCUGUUAUAUCAACGUCUGGGUCUCACGUGUUUAAAGAGGGUGGGUUUCACAGAGUAAGUCGUAUGGGAGUUUAAAUUAGACUUUAAACCGCAGCCCACGCACAGGGACAGGAUGUCACUGGAGAGUUGAGUGGGGAGGCCCCACACACAGCCCUGCAGGUGAUCUGUGGGUCCUCAUCACACUACUGCUUAGACUUCCCAACCACCAUUCUUCCAGAGUAGACUGAAUAGGAAGGUAGGGUGAGGUCAAAUUAUAUUUCAUGCCAAAAAAAUGGCAUUUUAAUUGUAUUUAGUAUAAUUACAAUACAACUACUCUUUUUGUGGUACUUUGUUAGGGGGUAACUAUUAGGAAGGGUGUUAAGUUAGUUUAAUUGGAGAGUGAUGGCUUGAUGGUUGCUAUAGCUAUGGAUCCCAUGUCAAACUCCAGUCCUAGGUGUUUCAGCUCAUGGGUGGUUUAUUUCAGUCAUUGGUUGGUUUCAAUCCUUGAAUCUUGUUUCCAAGGUCUCAGUUCCUACUGAUUAAAAAAAUAAAACAAACAAAAGAAAAAUUUACAAAACAAAACCUGCAGUCAAUAUCCCUCCAGGAUUGGAGUUUGAAAUCCCUGCAUUGUGUUCAUGAAGACUCACUCUGAACUGUUCAGUACAGUGGUUUGGUCAUUACUCCUAUAAUUGUGUUAAUGAAGAUGAGGACAGUGUUUAUGUUUACUGUUUCUGAUGCAAGUGGAUGAGUUGUUUACUAGCAGUUGGUUAGAUCCUAAAUUUGUUGCCCUUAUAAAUCUAUAACAAGUUUGGUGUUGAUUAAUCUAAAGGCUGGUAAUCUCUUCAAGUAGUCCAAACUUUAUAUAUUUCUGUUUCAUUUUAUCUUUAUUAAUUUGGUCCUGUAGCUUGGACUUUAAGGUAGCAUGGCUCUGUUGCUGUAAUUUUAUUUUUCCAUUGUACAGUGGUUUACAGCUGAUGAAUGUCACACAUCUUGCUAGUCUAGUUAAUUCAUUUGGAAUUGUUGGUUUAAAUAAAAAAAAUCCAAAAAAGAAAAAAAAAUGACCUGGAAGGUGCUGGAUGAAAUUGAGAGUGUCCUAGCGUAAACGUAUCCGGUUAAACUUGAAGAGGCAAGUGAUAGGUAAUGGUCAAGAGAUCCUCAUGCACACAUACACAUGCAUACUGUGCCCUCCAGAAGUACGCUCGGAAAAACAUAACGGUAGAAUAAAACUUUUUUAAAAUAUAUAUACUUAAGGCAUGUUAGAUUCAAGAUGAAUAUGAGUACAGACAAUAAGAUUUUAUUAUUUGGUAUUUAUGGAAGGGGUAAAUACCUCAGGGCUGUGCAUUAUGCAGUAACAUAACAUAAUGGUGAGAACAGGCCAUUCAGCUGAGCAACGCUCACCUUUUCCUACCACUAAAGUAUGCUUAGUUUUCCUAAAAGCUAAAUGGAAUCUUGCACCAUAUCAAGCCUGGUCUUGAAAAUCCCCACUGUUUCUGCCUCCACUACAGGUCCUGGCAAGCCACAGUGACCACUGUAUGAAAAAAUACUUCCUAAUAUCUGUGCAGAAUUUAUCCUUUGCCAAUUUCAAUUUCUGCCUUCUCGGUCUGCUAAACGAACUCACCCUGAAGAAUUGCCUGUAGUUAAUUUUGUUAAUCCCUUCAAUGAAUUUAAAAGCCUCAAUCAAAUCCCCCAUAAGACUCCUUUUACUAAACUGAAAGCGUUUAUGCAUCUUAAAUCUAUCCUUAUAACUUUUAUAACUGGAAUCAAUCUGGUUGCCCUUCUCUGAACCUUUUCCAGCACUUCUAUAUCUUUCUUAUAGUGCAGUCCACAGAACUGCACACAGUACUCUCAGGGCCAAAUUUACAUACAUGAAAUUUGCAGCACCAAAUACGGCCUGACAAGGGUCAUAGUCUAUUAUUUACCAAGGCUACAGCUCAUUAUACAAUUAGAGAAUGGGAUUACCUACUAAUCGCAUUUUGUGAAUGAGGCAGAUCUUAAACCACGCAGUUAAAACACCUGUAAGUGCAUUGAAUAUCUUCACUGCAUGUAGCGACAUCCAUGUAUCAGGUGCCACUUAAAAGUGUAUCAAGCACAGGAAACAUUUGUAGAUAUUCCAGCUGUGGUAGCAGUUGUCAUUUUAAUUCAUCCAAGUGCAAGAUGUAUCGUUGCCUAGAUACAGCAUAGAAUGGUAAUGUCAUGUUGGAGGUAAUUAUUUGUGUGGUUGUAAUCAUCAGCCACAAUUAUAAUAUCUUUGCCCUUUAUUUGCGGGAUCCACCCUUAAAUAUAUAUGCAUUAAGGACAGAAGCACAUCUGGCGAUGACUUGCCUAGAUCACACGCAUACUGUAGUUCCAGUCCUGUGUGCCAGAAUGUGUCAUAUGUGCAUCUGAAUAUUGUCGCAAACGGCUUAGUACAUCAUGCUUUUAUCCAAACUGACUUACAGUUGAUUAGAUUAAACAGGAGACAAUCCCCCUGGAGCAAUGUGGGGUUAAGGGCCUUGCUCAAGGGCCCAACAGCCAUGCAGAUCUUAAUGUACAUUAACCACUAUGGUACAAGCUGCCCCACUAUUUUUACAUAUAUUUUACAUCUAUUACUAUUUUUACAUAUAUUUUAUUUUAUAUUUCCCCACAUGUAGAACUUUACAUGUAGUUACAUUUAAUUUAAUUAUGGAGGCGUUGAGUAGUUAAACGUUGGUGAAGAAUGGCUAGCCAGAAUUAAUUCAAGAUUUUCAGCUGUCCUUGCACAUUAAAGUUUGUUCUGCCAACCUCAGAUCACUAGAAAAAUCGGUAGGACAUAACUAGCUAGUUCACUAGUUAGUAAGAUUUAGCUACAGUAACAUUAUAGCUAGCAAUCCAUGAAAUCCAUCACAAACAACUUCACAGCGAACAACUUAAAAGAAAAUCAAGCAGAUGGCUAUCGGCCAUCUCACAGCUACGCUCAGUACAAUCAGUACCUAGCACCUAGCUAGCUCACAAGUAAACUCAUUUAAAAGCGAAUAACUAACUAUAAAGAGUGAAACUGAUUAAAUGUACUAACGUCUCGCUGAAAUAAUGUCAAACUAACCUCUUUAGCUAAAAUAAUGUCCAUUUCCACAAAAUUGUGACUGCAUCCUUACAACUAAUUAAAGUAUUCUUUAAUCCUGGAUUAUUUAGGCUAUGUCUAACGUUAGCACUGUACUGUAGCUUGUUUGAAGCACAUGGCCAGGGUUUUAAAUUUCUGUUAUUUUGAGUUAUAUAGUCAUCAACUGCAGUUGUCUUUCUUCACCAGCCUGUAUGCUAUUCAUAUGGGAAUCCACCAGUGGUUUUUCUCUCUUUGCAAACUGCUGUACUUGAUAUUACCAGUUUCUGUGCAAACCUUAAUGAAUUAUUCUGUCCUCUCCGCAGAGAGAUGAGUAGUCUUUUAGCCACAGUUCAGUGAUCUUCAUGGUGGUGUAUGCCUCUGACUCCAAAUACAAUCUCCACAGAUGUAAACAAAGGAUAAAACAAGUACUAGACACUCACUGCUCUUUUAUGUGCACAAUCCUUGCAAGAGCAACAGUUAACACCUAUCAGUCAACUUCAUUUUGCAAAGCUGGGGGGAAGACACAAAAACUGCUGUUUUUGUAAAAUGUUAAAACUUGCAUGUAAAUGCCUUGAUAUAAAAGCUGAUUGUCUGUACUUCUAUCUCAUAUUCAUCUUUUGAUGAUUACAUUGAAAUGCCUUAAGUAUAUAGCAGAAAUAACACAUUUCGCUCUCCUGUUACCAUACUUUCAGAGAGCACUGUAUAAUGUGUGUGUGUGUUGGCUAAUGUGAUGAACACUUGAUUAUACUGUACAGGUUGCACUGCACAUGCUCACAGUUGGGCUCUCAUUGGCCAAUGGACCAUCUCAACAUUUGCUACGUUUCCAUUAUUAGAAAGUUACUGCAAAUGUAGCCUGGAGUGCUAAUCUGAACUAAACUCACAUUUGUACACCCACUCACAAUUAACAAAAAAAAGCUCUUUCUAAUGGUGAAUUGGCAGGAGGGUGUUGACUUUAGUUGUUGGGGGUGGAUGAUGGUGAGUUUGGACACAGUGUAGCAACUGACCAAUCAAAGCUAAGCCAUGCUGAUGGAAUGCACUGCCACCUUGGCCUAUUCUGGCCUGGCUUGGCCCUGCCUGGGGGAAUUCAAGGCGUCAUUUUCACCACAAUUCCUUUUUAGAGAAAACUCGAAUGAAUGCUAAUGGAAAUGUAGCAUCUACAUUCUGUGUCCAUGACUAAUCUUGACUAAAGUUGAGUAGAAAUAAGAAUGAGAAAUCCGGUGUGUAGGAAGAGGAAUAUAAAUGAGAAAUCCGGUGUGUAAGAAGAGGAAUAAGAAUGAGAAAUUUGGUGUGCAUAAGAAGAGGAAUAAGAAUGAGAAUAAGAAUAAAAUAACAAGAUUAUCUUGCCCAUUCUUAACACUUGCCCAUUUUUUUAAAGUUGACAGCCUUUGUAUGGCAGAACUGAUGGAAAUGGAACUACUUCUGGAUGCAUCUUUCAGGUCUUAUUGUAUGGCUUGCUCAAGCCCUGUUGUAAAAUAAAGAGAAGUGGAUGGGGGUCUCUCACAUCUCAGAUGUGAAAAGUAUAAUUUUAUAUUUGUAUUUUCAAAUAAUAAAAAAAGAAUUUGUGAAAGGUUUCCAUCCUCUACUGUGGUCCAGAAAUCGAUGUGUUUGUCUGGAGAAAUAAAAUAAACCGUUUUAAACUG